GAUGACUUCAUGCAGCCCGCCUGGAGUAGCCAGCGGCCGCAGCAGCUGCAGGUGGGGCGGGGGCCUUGCGAGCCCAGAGCCCAGCACACGCGGCCAGGCGGGCAGCACUGCAGCCAGGGGCAGCCGGGACGCGCCUCUCCAUCCCGAAGUCCCUGCUAUGUGGAUAUUUGUUAGCAAUGACUGAUGUGGAAACUACGUAUGCAGAUUUCAUUGCUUCAGGAAGAACAGGUAGAAGAAAUGCAAUACAUGAUAUCCUGGUUUCCUCUGCAAGUGGCAACAGCAAUGAAUUAGCCUUGAAACUAGCAGGCCUUGAUAUCAACAAGACAGAAGGUGAAGAUGAUGGACAGAGAAGCUCCACAGAACAGAGUGGAGAAGCCCAGGGAGAAGCAGCCAAGUCUGAAAGCUAACGCUCCAUUCUGACGGUCAUCAACAUCUGACAAUGUGGCAAAUAUCCUGGCGAUGCGCGGAUGUAUUUGCAGCCAUGGGUGAAACGGAGGGGAAGAAAAUGGCUGCGCUGCACAGCAAGACCCUGUUGGUUGCCAUGUCACAAGUGGGGAUAGAGUCUGUGUCUGCACACAGCCUUUUCCCCACCUCUGUCAUUAGCAAUGGCUGAAAUCACCUGGGCUGUGCUUGGCUAUCCUUUGUGUAUGGGUCCUUUCACUUGACCGUAUAAUGAAAUGCUUGUAGAGAGUAGCACUGACCUAGCUGAUGAUUCCUGUAGCAUCUGGCCCCUCAUGAUGUCAGAGGAUUUAAUUGUGUCUAAUUGAAAAGAGCUGGUUGAACCCCAGAGUUUCAGUAUCUCUGGCUGGAGUAUUGAUUCACAAAAAGAACCAUCCAGAGAGCACAGUUAGCAUUAUGUCCCUGUGUGUGAGUGCUGUGUUAUUUGCACCAUUUUGUAUCGUACAGUAUACCUGCUCAGCACUGCCCUUUGAUUGCUUACAUAAAACAAAAUGAUGUACAUGACUGUGAAUUUUUAUACCACUCAUUUUUUAAAGGGCUGCCUUUUUAAUUUCCCAUAGUGUUGUGGCGUGCACGGGGCAGAGCCUACUUUUGUAAAACACAACUUUCCUCUUGAUAACUGCUGAGAGUUACAUCCAGCAGACUCACUGAGCCCACUUUGCUUUAUUAUACAGGCAUGUGGAAAUAUCCAUUAAUGUGAAUAUUGCCUGAGUUCAGUCUUAGUAUCUACACAGACCAGCGUUCCGUCUGUCAAUAUUGAUUUUAUUUCCAAAUAAGUACUUUCAACUAAUACUUUAAUUUUUCAUUAUGAGAAUUUUUUAAGAAUCAACAAAAUAGACAAAGAAUGACAGAUAAUGCAAAGAGCUGGAACUGUUGUGCUGUGUGGAUCACUUUUCUCACACUGCUGGGUACCACCGUCUAACUCGGGAGGACAGCUUGUGAAGGAAAUGUUUUCCUCCAAGCCUGUGGACACCCAUCUCAAAAGUAAAGCCCUUGUGAUGUGCCCCCUCUCAGCCCUUUCUUACCCAAAUGUUGUUACGCACUUUUUAAUGUUUGUAAAAUUUUACUAAUAAUUUGUGUGAAUUGCAUUCAGAUAUAAUAAUUAUCACCCAACCACACUUUUACGGAUGCUGUUGAUGGACUCUGCUGUGUUUUGACAUCACGAUUCUUGUAUGGGGAAUUUCUGUGGCCUGUAUAACCCUCUCUGGUCAGUAUUAUCUUUGGUAAUAAAUAAGGAUCCAGUUAGAUGCCCAGGGUUCAUCAGGUGCAUCAUAGGAGGCAAAUAACAGAUGAAAGACCAUCCCAACCGAAGCGCCUCUAAGUGUCCUGGAGUACUAGUGUAGCUACAGUUCCAGGUUAAGUAGGGAGAGGUGUUCCAACAGGCAGACCUGGGUAUGGGAGGAACUCAACCUGAGUCUGUAGUUACAGACGAGGUAGACAAGGAGGUCUGCCUAUAUCUUCCUAUAGAGUGCUUUCAUUACUGACUGGGAGUAUAUGAAUUUCAUUUGGUCCCCAACUGGAUGUUUUCCAGAAAAACAAGCAAUGUUAAGUAUGUCUUUCUGGAUAUAGAACGGUAAAUACAUUCAACGUGAGAGGCCUUGCUUUGAUCUAACUCAUUGGAGGCUAGCUAAAAUGGAAACAAAUCUACCUAUUGAUAGACUCAAAGUUGUGAACCUACGGCCUAUUUGAGACAAUCUCCAGUAAUCUAUUUACAACAUCCAACAGUUUCGAUGUCCCUGUUUAACUACACUGAUAGCUUUCUUGUGAAUAGGAGAUCAUUCUUAAAGUUGUGGAAUUCCAAACUGGUUUCACGUGCGUUUUGUAAAGUGUUGAACCAGUGCUAAGUCUGUGUGGAAGGGUUAUAUUCUAUCCCUGUGUGAUAUACUAUUACUAAUGCAUGUGGUGCCAUGCUUGUCUUUAAAUAUAUAAGUAGUGCUAAAUGGAGAAGUCAUAUGGAGCUUCUGAUUUCAUUUGAUCUCUUACUACUACUUUGUGCCCUGUGUUCAAUCCUAGAGGGAUUCUGUGGCUGGGAAGGGAAAAGAGAUCAGCAUUCUGAAUUUGUCACAUGGCAUAAAUUUUGAUUGGCAAAAGUACAUAGAAUCUCCUGGUUUUUAUUUAAUACCUAUUAUUUGCAAGUAAAUAACACUACAUAGGGAAUGAAUCUGUAAAUGCAGACAGAAGAGUGGGUAGCCCAAGUAAAGGGGUGUUAGUUAACUGCCCCAGCUAAGCCACUUCAGAAACAAAUGUACCACCAUUCACAGUUUCAUCUUAUUGCCUUUCACAUAUGAACAUGAAUAAGGACUAAUUUUUUCAAAGUUAAAAAGCUAAUUUGAGCCCAUGUUUAUCUAUCAACAGAAUUUUGAAUCCAUAUUUCAUAAAAUUAAAGCUAAUUACACAGUAUGUUUCUCUGUAUGAAAAACUAUAGAUAAUACACCCAUUCCACUUGCAUUUUACAAAGAAAGAGUUUCUAAAUGGACUAGACUUUCUUGGCUUUAUACACAUGUCUUUGGGGCAAAGACACAUGUGGUUGAGCCUACCUUUGUGGUUUUUUUGUUUUAAUACUCAAUUAUAGCUUAUUUUGAGUUUGUUUGUGACAUGUAAACUGUUAAUUUACAUGUUAUGUUCAUGCUAUGUAUGUGAACGACUUUUUAGUUAAUUACCUAGAAACACAAAAUUUUCCAUUUUAACAAUGAAUGAGAAGCUGUAGAAUUUGUUGAGUUUAACUUUUUUUAAACUAAGAAUAUUUCAUGUUAGUACAUAUUAAUCCUGAAUUCACAGAAAUGCUUUCUGCUCUAUAACAGAAAUCAUGACCUUUAAUUUUCAGGAAAUAGUAACAUAGUAGCCCACUGUCCAUACCUUACCACUGAAUCUUCCUCAGACGUGACAGCAAGGAACCAAUGUAGAAUAAAAUGACAUUUUUAUCUCUUCUCAGAGGAAUAAGAAAAAAUGUUGGGCAGCAAGCUUCUAAAUAAAUCCUGCAGUAGUAAGGAAAAAAAUGUAUAGUCAUUAAAUUAAACAAAGAAAGGAUUCAUAAUUGAUGGCGUCUUAGAAGCCUGGAACUGUUCCUUCACUGACUCGUGGCAGCCUGGGAAGUCAUCUAUGAGCUUCUAUGACUUUUGUAUUUAGCAAUGUUGCAUGCUUACAUAAUUGAUAUUAAAAGCAGCACUUGUUUUCUGAAA